UUUCUAACUAAGUGAUAUUUUGGUUACCUUGAAUUCACCAGGUUUCUAAUGGAGGAGAUAGAGACAGCCAAAUGCUUGUUCAAGAUCAGCAACUGUUAGAUUUUUCAUUCCCAGAAGAUUUUCCAAAUGACUAUUUAGCUAGCGAUGAAAGCAUUCUGCUUGAAAAUUCAAUCCACAGCAAGGAUAUCGGACAACAUCAUGUCCUAGAAGCAGAACAGAAAGAGAUAUCUCAUGCAGCAGGAGCAAAGACCUUACAGGAUGGUUAUAAUUGGAGAAAAUAUGGCCAAAAACAAGUAAAAGGCAGUGAAUAUCCGAGAAGCUACUACAAAUGUAAUCAGUCUAAUUGUCAGGUCAGGAAAAAGGUGGAAAGAUCACAUGAUGGCAACAUAAGAGAAAUUAUUUACAGUGGUAAUCAUAACCAUGCAAAACCAAAUUCAAGUCGUCGAGGAUCAGUACCUUCUAGUGAUGAAAUGUCAGAAAAUGCUGAAGCCAAUGAAACACGGGGAAACAUUCAGUCGCGAGGAAAAGAUGCAAAACACAAUCCGGAAUGGAAGCCUGAUGGUCAAGAAAGGACAUCCCAACCUUCUGAUGUCACCGGGCUUUCGGAUCCUAUGAAGAGAGCUAGAUCUCAAGGUAUGUUUGAAUCAGACGACGCUCAGGAGCAUUCUUCCGCACUUGAUAAUCAUGAUGGUGAUAAAGAUGGAGCCACUCCUGAAAACAAUUCCGAUGCCGACUCAGAAUCGAAAAGAAGGAAGAAGGAGAGCUACCCGGUUGAAACAAUGCUGCCUCGGAGGGCUGUUCGUGCGCCACGAGUGAUAGUCCAAAGUGAGAGUGACAUUGAUGUACUUGAUGAUGGUUAUCGCUGGCGAAAGUAUGGACAGAAGGUUGUCAAAGGGAAUCCAAACCCAAGGAGCUACUACAAAUGCACAAGUGCUGGAUGUACCGUAAGGAAACAUGUGGAAAGGGCUUCACACAAUAUUAAGUAUGUUCUUACAACUUAUGAGGGAAAGCAUAAUCACGAGGUUCCUGCUGCUAGAAAUAACAAUCAUUCAAGCUCAAGUGCUAAUGUGUUACACAGGAGAGCCGUUAUCCCAAGUUCUGAAACUCGUCGAACUCUUCCAUCUCAUUUUGAUAGAAAACCUGAUUUUGGCAAUGAUUUCAUGAGGUCAAGUUUGAUGGGAAGUUUCAGUAAUGAUAUGAAGUUUGGAGCUUCCUCCUCAUCUCAAAUGAAUUACUCUUCUUUGAAUAACAUCGUACCUUAUGGCGCCUAUGGAGCGAUCCCUGACCAUGUUGCUGUGCCUCAAACAGGACCUAUUGCUUCAAUGUUUCCUGAAUUUCAAAUGCCACCACCGCUGAAUCUUCCCUCGUCUGGAAAUUAUUCUCUAGCUGGAAUUAAUUUUAACUAUGAAAAACCUAUAAAUUCUAUCCAGUCUUACCUUUCAGGGCAGCAGUUGAGGGAUAUGGAUACAAGAUUCUUAAAGGGCAAACAGGCGCUGAAUGAAGAUCCACCAUAUGCUGCAUGUGCACCCUCUCUUGAUCAUGCAAGUACCUCACACACUCCACCAUCACCAUCACAAUCCAUCUAUCAAUGUGUCAUGCAAAAUUUCCCUUCAUAAUCUCAUUUUUAUAGCUAUUAGAAACAACAGGUUUUGGUUUUCUUAGUUUUGGAAGGUCUUUAGCCAAUUAUUGUCAUUUUAAAUUUUCUAGAUACUCAUUGAAACAAACUCUAGUGUCUUUAUAUAAAUUCCAUACCAACAUUUUGUUACUAGUUCUUGGUAUGGUAGGUU